AUGAAGUUAAAAAUAUUUUUUAUUUUAUUUCUUUGUCUGGUUUCUAAAGGGAUUGAAGGUGGGGAUUUAAGUGUUGCUAUUCUAAAUUGUCGAUUACAAACAUUUUUUAAAGGAGCAAAUUUGCCUUCAAGUGUUGCUCCAAGUCAACCAGCAACAAAUGUUGGGGAAUUAGCUCCGGCAUCGUAUGAAAAUGCUAAUGGUGUAAAAUACCCGAAUAUUCCUUUCUAUGGAAAUCCAAAAAUCACUAAAAAAGGAGAAACAAGCUCGAAAAAUGUAAAAGCCAGCGGUCUAGGAAAAUCAGGAAAGGUGGAUACUUCAAAUAGAUUUUCUGUUUUGCAAGGACUGACAGAAGAAAACCAAGAUAAAAUGUUUGGUAAAUCUGAGAUUAAGCCAAAAAUUGAAGAGGAAUGUGAAGAAGAUUGCGAGGAAGAGUGUGUGGAGGAAGGUAUUUGUUGUUAUAUUUUGCUCUCGCUUAUUUCGAAUAAUUAACCUUUUAAACCAUAAUAUGGUAAGGGUUCGGCAUUCAAACACAUGUUUU